AUGGAGCAGAUGAAGAUCCUUGCUCUGUACGACAACCACGACAUCGUGCUUCUGAACGCGGAGAACGAGCGAUGCGAAAAUAAAUUCGAGGCCCCCGUGAAGGACACGGAGAAGAAGAUCUGCCAACUCGGAAAUGGGAGCUUCCUCCUAUUGAGCGUGAAUAAAAAAGUGGUGUCCAAAUAUGUGUGCACGAAAAGUACCCCCAUUUCGACAAAGCACAUGCGCGUACAGCUGAAUGUGAUCAGGCUGACGAACAAUGAAAAAAUAAUUAUCGGGGGAGACAAACUGGGAAACGUAUACGUGUGGUCUGCCCUCUCAGGAUUAUUAAUCAAUUCCUUCCAAGCACAUUACGGCAUAAUCAAGGAUAUCAUAAUUGACCAAAUAGCCAACGUUCUGUACACCUACAGUGAUGACAAUGUCGUUCAUGUGUACAAUUUACCUGACCUGUUCAUAAAAAAAAAAAUAACUCCAUUGUUACGCUAUCAACACAGUAUAAAUGCAACAAUAACUCAGAUUCUUUCGGUGACACCAAAUAUGUACGGCUCGUACUACUCCUUGGUGACUCUUACUAGCAAUGGGACACUACAUGUGUGGGGAUUGAAGUCGAAGGAACCAACUCACAUUUUGAAAACGCACUCGGAGAACUGUACAUACAUUUGCACGAAUGACCCCUUCAACACGCAUAUGUAUUUGUGUAGAGGAAACAAAAUAUUUCGCAUCCCCUUCUCCCAGUUUGACCAAAGGGAAGCAGGUUCUUCUCCUCAAAUGAGUCAGGAGGGAUACCUUGAAGAACGACGUAUGGAGGAAAAACUAUUCGUAUAUGGAGACUACGUUGAGGUAAAAAAUGGGGAGAACAAUAAUGCAGAUCAGCUGCAGCGAAGCACUUCCCAAAAAUGUGACUUAAAAGUGAAUUUCCAAACCUGCACGACCUUCGUUGGACAUAAAAGCCAAGUAAUCAAAUGCCAUGUAAAUAAUAAAAGGGAAAAUAUGGUAUCCCUAGCGAGGGAUGGAAUUAAAAUAUGGGACCUUUUCAACUGCUAUGCUGUGAAGACAUUGAAAUAUGGAGAGAACAUAAUUGACUUUUUUGUGCCACUUGCUAGUAACCAGUGCAUGCAUGCUUCCUCCUAUUUUCUGGAGUUCCCUCACCUGCUCCUCGAAUGUGAAGAUGAUGUCAAGGUGCACAACGUCGACUAUGUUGAUCAUGUCACUCCUGACGUGUGUUCGGGGAACAGUUACAGUGGGUCGCUCGUAGACCGAGAUGAGAAUUUGCUACUUCAAAUGGGAGCCAUGUUCGCUGGGCUGGAA